GGUGUCGGUUCUUCCCAAUUGGAAAGAUAACUAGGAUUAGGGUUUUGGAUUCCAGAGGAGAAGCGGUGUGGUUGCUUGAAUUGAAUCGGUUUCUACGUUGGAAUCGCGUAGGUUCAUCCAUUUUGAUUAGCUUAGAUGGAUCUGGAAACAGAAAACAGAAUAGCUGCUAUUCUUUUAAAAGAAGCAGCCGAACUGAAGCGACAAGCAGACAGGGAAGGUGUUCAUGUUUAUCUUCAGAAGCCAAAAGUAAGGGGUCGGCCAAAUUCAAGGUUCCUCACUGCAACUGUGCUUGGGGUACAGCAAGCAAAUAGAGCUGUUGAAGUGAAUGAGAUGUGGCGAGUUCGACAAAAGGAGCUGGAGCUAAAUGAUAGUCUGAAAAGAAGAUCAAAAGAUGAUAGCAGGCACAGCAGGAGUCAUGCGGACAUUAGCAGCCCCCCAAGAAGCGCAAGUAGGCGGCAUGAGAUCAAUUUUAGUGCUUCAUGCUCAUCAAGCAAGAGAGUGGCAGAGAGUUGUUAUUCAAGGCAAGAUGAAGGUCUAAGAGAUCAAGAAGUUGAGGAAUUUCUUCAGUCAAGGGAGAAGCGCGGUCGAGGUUCUAUAGGUUCAAGGAUGGAUGAAACAGGACCUUACCUACCCUCUAUUUCUGAUUCCCCAGGGAAGUUGUCAGCAAGCCUCAUUGGAAGGGAACAUCGUGUGAUGUUAGGUCCUGAGAAGCCAUCUUCACUGAAGUCUGAUGAAUCUUCUUCCGAUGAGGAACUUCAUGAACAUAGACAGAAGAAAGAAAAGGACCAUUCUGAGAGCUCAGACAAGAAGCAUCAUCCUAGGGAGCACAAAUCUCAAGAAAAAUCUAGACAUAAGAAAAAGAAGAGGAAGGAUAAGAAAAGAAGUAAACAUCACAAGUGAGUAAUUCUUUGAACUUGUCGG